AUGUCCCCUCCCUCCUCGCCCGAUACCAGACCACUGCCACCCGUUCCGGCGCUCUCACCACCUGAGCUCAGCACAGAAUCGUCCGACACUGCCGCUGCUGCUGCUGCUGCUGCCAGGCGCGCCCUGCGAAAACCCGCCCCGGGUCUUUUGGCGCGCAUGAAAUUGCUGGACCUGCACCACAAGAGCAGACAGGCCGGCGACAAGAGUGACGUCGAGAUCGGCCGCAUACCGGAGGACCAGCUGCGCCAGCUCGACCUCCUGCACCAGCGUGACCGCAACAUCCGGGUCGAGCGCCGUGGCCAGGCUUGGAGUGGGCCGCGUGCGCCGCGGCUCACCGCGCAAACGACGGGCGGCAGCGAGAGGGACUACCUCGACGGCCCCCCGGCGCCUCAGGAGAGCGAUCACUCGAGCAUAAUCAGCGCCAGCGACCGCGUGCUCCACUCAGACUACGACGACAGCGAAUUCGAUGCACCAGAGGACGAUACGCUGAAAUACGGCUUGCCUGUGCUCGAGCAGCCGCGGGAUAGCUUAGAAUCCAUGUCGAAUGAUGCACCGGAGGGCGGCCCUUCGCCAGAAGACUCGGCGCCUCCGACGCCGCCACCAAAGGACCCGCCCGUAGACAAUACGCCGGACCUGCCACCCGAGCCCGUCCAGGAGCCGGAAUCGCUGGACGAGAUACAGGAAGAGCAGGAGGAGCAGAACGAACAGGAAGAAGCUUCAUAUUUCAACCCAGGGGGAUUGUCGCGGGCCGCCUCCAUAUACACGCUUUCUCGCGUGUCCUUCACCAACCAGAUACAGCAGCUCACAUCCAUAAAACUCCCCGAUGCCUCGUCCCUGCAGGCGAGUAUCUCGGCAAUACCAACCUCCAAGGCCGCCUCGAGCGCCCUGAACGAUGCGGCCGGGCAGAUUCGCGUGUGGAUGUCCAAGGCGUCGGACGUGCUGAACGGCUUGGACGCGGAGGACGACGUCGACUGGGCAUCCGCGGCCGGGAGAGAGGGGUUGGACGAGGUCGAUUCGGCGAUCAACACGUUCGAAACGUUGAUCAGGGUAUUCGUCAGCGCCAUCGAAGAGCUCCAGACCCGCCCGGACAUCGGAAGCCUAUCCAUGGCGGACCUCACGCGGUUAGUGGACCAGAUGGAAAACAUCCUGAACGAUUGGGCCGGCAUCAAGAACAAGCUGCGGGCGGUCAAGGAGCAGGUUGAGAUAGCGAUGGAGUGGGAGGAGCUGUGGAACACUGUUCUGGGCGACAUUAGCCUCGAGGUGGAGGCUCUCGGGAGGCUGGUGUUCGAGAUGGAAGAACGCCGCCACCGUAGCGUCAUGGCCGAGAGCAUCACCGAGAACGGCAACGGGCUCGAUAUCGAAUCCUUGGAGACGAUCGUCGAGGAAACGCCGCCCAACAACAAGAGGAUAUCCCACAACCGUUUCAGCCUCCCACAACCCUUCAACCCGAAUACGUCACCACUCGCAUCCAACGAGGCAGCCCAGGAAGAGUCGAAUCUUUUGGCUCUCUUCGCCCGCAUGCAACCGCUCCGCGCGUCCCUGGACUUUUUGCCGAUGAGGCUCGCUCAGUUUCAGAUGCGCGCCCAACCCGUAUUCCCGACUGCGUGCUCGGAGUUGGAUCACCGGCGCACUUCUCUGGAAGACAAGUGGCAGAGGCUGGAACGUGACGCAGAGUCUUUGAGGCGAGAGCUCGGGGAGGAUAAGUGGGUGCUGGUGUUCAGGAAUGCCGGCCGGCAAGCGGCGAAAAUGUGCGAAUCCGUGAAGAGGAGCUUGAUAAAACUGCGCGAGGCCUUGGACGAAGGCCAACACAUCACCAACUUGCCGGCGACGGCCAAGAAGAUUGAAAGCUUCGAGGCCAAGAGGAUGCACUACGGCCCGGCCAUCGAGCGGGUUCUCAUGAUCAUCGACAAGGGAGUAAAGGACCGGUUGACGGUGAACGGUGAGAUUCUGAGGCUGCAGUCCGACAUGAGGCGCGAGUGGGCCGGUCUGGAAGAUGAGAUGAGGGAAAUGAAGGAUCGCGUCGAGGGGAUCGACAUGAGAGACAGCGAACAGCUGCGGGACUCUAUCUCGACAAUCUUGUCGACCGAGCGCUCCUUCGCGAGCAGCAUUGACACGCCCGGGAGCUCGCCGGCUUCGUCCGUGGUGGUGCUAAACCGUAAGGACAACGACAGGUACAAGUCCCGCCAGAGCAGCUUCAACAGCAACAAGUCGGGCCCGUCGGUCAAGGCCAGCAAACGCUAUUCCGCCAUCCCUGCCCCGUCUUCAGCCCCUCGCAAACCGCCGCUCUCGUUCUCCCGCUCCGAAGAGAAGACGCCCACGAGCAACCGUUACUCGAUGGCCACUCCGACUCCCCCCGUCCCUCGCCGCGCCGCACCCACUCCCCCUCCGUCCAACAAGCCCCGCUGGAACGGCUCUACGAACGCGGAGGGCAUCAGCGGGCACAACUUCAAGCCUCUUUCAGCCACAACCCCCUCCCCUUACGCCAAGGACGCUUCGCCGAAGCCCCGCCGCCUCCACCGUGUCUCUUCGUACUCGAACCUGCCGCGGCCCAGCCCUCCGCGCCAGGCUGCGCCCACGCCUCCUCCGGGGGCUCAUCAUGUCCAGCGUCCCGCAUCUACCACCCCUGCGCCUAACAAGAGGUCGUCUAUAAUCGCGCCGCGCACACCUUCUCGCAACGCUCUUUCACGGCUGGAUACGCGUGCCGUGUCGUCGUCCGCCGUGACGGCAAGCACGGCGGCAAGCCGGCGUCGCAGCGCGUUUCUCGAGCCGACGACGCCGGGCGCGGACGAUGCUCUCACCGAUGCCGGCUACUCGGACGCCAGCAGCCCCGUGUCGAUGCGCAAGAGCCCGCGGGCGGCCAGCGCAAUGGCUCUCCGGCGCACCAGCAUGCUCCCGCAGCCGUCGACGCCCCGAUCCAACAAGGAGCGCCCGAGCCUCGACGUCCCCCGUCCCAGUCUGGAUGGCGGGCGCAGCUCCAGGGCGGACAGCCGGGCGGGCAGCAGAGCGGGCGGACGACUCAGCAGCUUUGGUAUCAGAGGAGCGUCUCGGCAGGGCAACUGGGCGGACGAUAACAAGCCCAGGUGGAGGUUCGGUUGA